CCGGUUGUCAGGCCCAGAGCUGGUCCGUCCGUCGUCCGGCCGACUCGAAGCAUCGGAGCAGCGGAUUUCGCGCGAGAUAUAGACUCAUAAACACGCACGCGUACACGCGUACGCGGCUCGCACCCGCACACACAUACAUACGCACAUACAUACACACACAUACACACCUACACCCACACACGACACACUGUGUACGGUAUCGCACCCGCGAGCGCGCGCGCGCUCGCUCACGUCCGUCAUCAACCGGAGCCGGUCAUCGCACACGUGUGUAUCGCGAACAGUGUGGUGUGGGACACACAUCGUGCGCACACGUCCACCACGGUUAUUACCCGCGCGCGCGACGAGGCGGCUCUCUCACGUUCUUCCCGGUUACGCGUUUACGGUCGCGACACGGGCGUCUCUAUACCUGCCGCGCGUCGGGAAUGCCGCCGCCGGUCUCGCGUCACCAUACGGUCGCGAUACGCCGGACGAGCCGACCCCGUUUCGAGCGGUAAUCGAAACAGCGCGAGUAACCGGGUGUGUGUUGUGAGCGAUCGUGGUCCGCGAGUACGCAACAGCUGCGAAAGAGAGAGAGUUACGCGACCAGCCAAACGGACAGCCGAGUGAGCCGAGAGACAACAACAAUCGGGACAACGACUCGGAGCAGCGGAGAAGACUUUCGGAAGCGGAGCGCGAGAGAGGGAGGAUAGGCGCGGGCCACGUGCGAGAUCAUCCAGCGAGAGAAGAAGCGUCAGCGUGUCUCAGUGCGUCAAGUCCCGUCUUCGGCGAUCUCGCGGAGGAAAAAAAAACAUUUCGUCCCCGUCGCGCAUCUCGCGGGGGAUGGGUUAGGGGAUCGGUGGCGUUAAGCCUCUCAUGGAUUACUGGCCGAGUUGACACGCUCACCGGCCGGCGGGCAGGAGGAGUCCAACUCUCUCUCUCCCCUUUGACGCGACGACCCGCGUAUAUGAAACGCUUCGCGAAGUGCUCCGCGUCGCUACGGUUCGCGGGGAGAGAUGCGUCUCCCGUAGGUAGUUAGUGCCGAUGGUGAGGUACGCGGGUAACGAACGUUGCGUCUUCUCAGCCUCGGUUGUCGCUGCGCGGGAUUAGGGAGAUAGAGACAGAGAAAGAAAAGUGUGUGAGCGAGAGAGAAAGAGAGAGAAAAGAGACAGAGGGAGACAUGCGGUUCGCACCCUCGACGCUGCAGCGACGUCGUCAACCGCCGUUGUCCCGUCGACGACGUCUAGACUGACCACGCAUUCGUCUGCUUUUCGUCGGGAUCCCGAGGCGGAGGAGGCGGAGGAGGAAGAGGAGGAGGUGGAGGAGGAGGAGGAUCCACGAGAACGAGUGCACCGGCACCGGUGGCGGCGGUCGUUCGUACCGACCCGAUCCAAACCGUCGGCGGACGACGACUGCCUCUUGGACGCACGGAGUGCGAAGAGCGACGAGGAGUGCGCGGCGGAACUGAUUCAACCGAGUCGGAGGGAUGUCACGGAGAAAGCAGGCCCGACCGAGUCGUGCUCAUCUUGAGGAGGAUCUUGUCCAGAGGCCUCUGUUGACCAAUCCCAUUGGAACUGUCGCGGGCAAUAUCCGAGAAGAAAAUGACUUUACAUCAGACGGCGAAGAGAGCGGUGGUGGAGGAGGAGGUGGCGAGGAAGCCGUGGAUCUCACAGCGACGAGAUCUCAUCAGGGCGAUGAUGAUCCUAUGGAAGAGGAUGAGGAAGAAGGCAUCGAUGAGCAAGACGAGCAGGAUGAGGACGAGGAGGGCUCGCGCAAACAGAUACAUCAUCGCCAAGAUGCGGAAAACAAUAAUAACUUUGUGGAGAGCGGUCUACCUACCGCCAUAUUCCCGCCCGCUGGAACUAGUCACGUCACCCUCGAAGCCCUUCAGAAUACAAAAGUGGCGGUCGCCCAGUUCGCCGCCACUGCCCUCACUGGGGCAGACAGUGAAGCGGCGCUGCAAGACUUGGCGUUUCUGGAAAACACGCUGUGCACCCUUCAGAAUCAACAGGUAUUACAAUUACAGCUGAUUCGACAACUUCAGCAACAAUUAUUGAUCACUCACGGGCAAUCGGUAAUGCAAUCGUCGGCGACGGAGCCAACUGAUAGCAAAGAGGCUUCGUCGUCCCCUAUUAUUCAUCCGAAACCAUUGUCGAGUCUCGCGUCACCUCCUUCUUCUCGUCCGCCGAGUCAUCAUCAGCAAACAUCACCGGCGCCGCUGACGCCGAAUCUGCUUCAGGAACGACCCACCUCGACGAGCAGCGCAUCUCCUUUGAAUCUACCCCUAUCGUCGUCCGGCGCGACGUCGACCGUCAUCACGACCACCAGCAGCCAAAUGCCGAUGCCGCAUCAAAUGCCGCCGCUCUGCUCGAUAAGCGCUUCCCUUGCUUCAUCGAUCAUAACGAAUACCGAUCCGCCGCCGCUUCACGAGCCAAACACUCUGGACAUUCUUCAAAAGCGUACUCAAGAGGUAUUGGAUAACGCGAGUCAAGGGCUAGCCAACAAUUUGGCCGACGAGCUCGCGUUUAGAGGCAAGGGCUCGCGACUCUCUCCUUACGAUUCAAAAUCGAGCGGUGGUCGCGGCGAGCCCUUCUUCAAGCAUCGAUGUCGCUUCUGCGGCAAAGUCUUCGGUAGCGACUCGGCGCUACAAAUCCACAUACGAUCCCACACAGGUGAGCGACCCUUUAAGUGCAACGUAUGUGGCAGUCGAUUCACGACCAAGGGCAACCUGAAGGUCCACUUCCAAAGGCACACGGCCAAAUUUCCACACGUUAAGAUGAACCCAAAUCCCGUUCCAGAACAUUUAGAUAAAUACCACCCACCCCUCUUGCAGCAAAUCGCUUCCGGGCAGAGGCCGAUGCCGUCCCCGCCGCCGCCGCCACCACCAUCCUCUCAUCACCCCUCGUUUCAUCCGGCAACAACGCACGGUUUCCUCCCACCACAACCGCCCAUGCCUUUGAGUCUCACCUUAUCCAAUAUGACGCCUCUUUACCGGUCCCCAGUUAUUAAUCACCGGGACGAUCAAGAUGUGCCGGAGAAUCUUAGUAAAGUACCCAUAACCACCGCUCCACAGACAUCUCCCACUUCUCCCGCUGCCAUGUUGAAUUCUCGUCAUUCCUUUCACGACAAUAUCCAUCAACAACAUCAAAAGCAGCAGCUUGAGCAGAGAGAGGAGAUAAAGCUCGAGCAAAGAUCGCCCGGGCAGGAGCAGUAUCAACAGCGACCGAUGAGCCGGGAAGGCGCCGAGCGAAUAACACCCAAGAGAGAACCUGAGGAAGCGGAAGAAGCCGCGGAGGAGGAGAGCGAAGAUUUUGAGGAAACCACGAGACGAUACCUCAAUUCACCCCAAUCCGUGAAUCCACCGUCCCAGCCGCAAACGUACGAGGAUUGUAGUAUGGACAGCAAGAUCAGCGGACGUUUAGAGGGCGACGGAGAGAUGGAAGUGGACGAGGAGACAGAAGAGCAACCUGAGAACCUUUCGGGCAGAGGUACGAUCAAUCGUUUGCCUCAACAGAUCAUGGCGUACCCGGGAGCAUCGCCGGCCAGCAGUAGCGCGAGUAGCGGUAGUCUGCAGACAUCCUUCGCCGGUAUCCUGUUCCCAGGUCCACCGGCUCAUCAUCAAAUUCCCGGUCUUCCUGUUUCGACCCAGGCAGGACCAACUACGACGUCCGGAAGCGAAAUGAUCGAUCCGGCCAAGGAUCCAGCGAUUUAUUCGACUUUACUACCGCGGCCUGGCAGUAAUGACAAUUCCUGGGAGAGCUUGAUCGAAAUAACGAAAACUUCGGAAACGUCCAAGUUGCAGCAACUAGUCGACAAUAUCGAGCACAAGCUGAGCGAUCCUAAUCAGUGCAUCGUUUGCCACAGAGUGCUCUCGUGCAAGAGCGCGUUGCUGAUGCAUUAUCGCACUCAUACCGGUGAGCGUCCCUUCAAGUGUAAAAUUUGCGGUCGCGCCUUCACGACGAAGGGCAAUCUGAAGACCCACAUGGGAGUGCACAGAGCUAAACCGCCGCUCAGAGUGUUGCACCAGUGUCCAGUGUGUCACAAGAAAUUCACGAACGCUCUCGUAUUGCAGCAGCACAUACGCCUUCAUACCGGGGAACCUACCGAUCUCAGCCCGGAACAGAUCCAAGCUGCAGAAGUGAACGAGUUCCCACCCGGUUACCAUCCGCUGGCGUCUUUCCUCCCGCAAGGAUUUCCGCCGCUACAUCCGACCGGCGCGAGCUUCUCCUUGGGAUUCCCACCAUCCAGGCAAACGGCCAUCGAGCAACAUUCGCACGAAAGCGACAUUGACGCGAAAGAGGAGUCUCAGCACCAACGACAGAGAUUUAUGGAGGAGCACAGCGAGGAGAUGGAAGAUCAGGAAGACGAGGAGCAAGAUCACAGAGAGGACGACGAGAGGUGCGAAUUGAAUCGCGACAGGCGUAGCGUCGAAGUCGAAGAGGAGCAGGACCACGAGAGUCAAGAUACGACCGAGCACAAGGACGUGACGCUUCCUAUAUUUUCGACCUCGUUGGCGGCUCUCGAGAAUCAAGUGAGGACCAUCACGACGACGGCCACGACUGCGAAUGUGGCCAGGUCGCCGUCCUUUCACCGAUACAACGGUAGCGAGAAGAGCACCAGCCCGCCGACCUCCGGUGCCCCGCUCGACCUGACACCCCGCGCUUCGUCCACGCCAGCGUCGGUGGCCUCAGCAUCGCCGACGCCGCCACCCCAGACCGCGCCGCAUCAUCCACCGAAUCCCUUCGGCAUGUUCGCGGGUCUACUUCAAGCGGUCUCGUCCUCUCCUACCACCAGCACGAUAGGCACGUCGAACAUAAACAGCGUCACCUCGAUGAAUGCCGUCAACCCGGGAAGCGGGCCCGGCAGCGGACCACUAGCCUCGCUGACCACUUCGGCGGUACUAGCCGCAUCGUCGACUUACAAUCCGCUCGGCCUAGCUGUCGGAGGCCCAGCAGUGCGUGGCAACACCACAUGUAAAUUCUGCUACAAGACGUUCGCGUGCCAAUCUGCAUUGGAGAUUCAUUACCGGAGCCAUACGAAGGAGCGACCUUUCAAAUGCACCAUAUGCGAUCGAGGUUUUUCUACGAAGAACGAUGAUUCCGGUCAGCAAGUAUGUUCCUGCGCGGACCAACCCUUCGCCGCGAAGGGUCCGAUCCUCCCACAACCCAAUCCCCAAUAUCGCUCGUACCCGGCGAGACCGGCCGCCGGAAAUAGUGAGAAACCGAAACGCAGGCGGCGGCGGCCUGAGGAACGGAAGAACCGGGGGCGGACAGGAACAGGAGGGGGGCGAAGGCUGACGUCUGUUUAUCCUGCCGUCCGCCUGCCCCCGCUGAUGCCACCCGCCCUCGGACUUCUACCCUCGGACCACGUCUUCCUGGGUAAUAUGAAGCAGCAUAUGUUGACUCACAAGAUUCGCGAUAUGCCGCCACAUCUGUUCAGCGAUCCCAAGCAUCAACAGCAGCAGCAGCAGCAGCAGCAGCAGCAGCAACCGCAGCAGCAACCGCCGCCGCAGCAACCGCCACAACCGCAGCUGCAACCGCAGCCGCAACCGCAACAGGAUCAGGAGACUUCUAGAAGUCCGAUGUGCGUCGACGAUUCGAGCCUACCGCCCCCACCUCCGCCACCUCCACCACCCCCGCCGAUGCCACCAACGUCCAUUGAGUCUACGAUACCGGUAAAGAGAUCGCCGGAGGGAGAGCUGCCGGCACCAAAGAGACCAGCCAGCCUGCCGAGCAAGCAUUUGUGCCAGAUUUGCAAUAAGAAUUUCUCCUCGUCCUCGGCGCUCCAGAUUCAUAUGAGAACUCACACCGGCGACAAACCGUUCCGAUGCACCGUCUGCCAGAAGGCGUUCACCACCAAAGGCAACCUCAAGGUGCACAUGGGUACUCACAUGUUCACCAACGGAACGUCACGUCGAGGUCGACGGAUGUCGUUGGAUAUACCUCCCCUGCCAAUCACGCCCAAGGACUCGGAGUUUCUGCAACGGCGACCGGACCUCUUUUACCCGUAUCUUCCCGCGCCGUUCCUUAACGGCGUCCAGCAAAAGCUGAACGAGAUUUCGGUGAUUCAAAGUAGCAACGGGUUACCGCCUCAUUCCUUGAGCGCGGGCAAGUACGCGGCAAGCCUGUUCGGCUCGGUGUACGGUGCCGGCGCGGGUGGUUUCUCCCUGGACAAACAACCGAUGGGGCCGACCAGCAACGGGCCUCUGGACGGCAAAUCCGCGAUACCCUCGGGAUCAAUGCUCUUCCAAACACCGUCGCCCUCGCACUCGCCCGGCGCGUCGUCCAACGGCGGCAAUCAAACGUCCGCCAGCGUGUCCUGGACCGGCGAUACCCUUCAACAUCAUUUUGACCGAGAAACACCGAGUAGAACCGAGAAUGACGCCACCCCGCCCACAGCACGGCUACCACCGCCACCGGCGAGGGGAGAGGGAUUAGCCGCGUGAAACUUAACAGAUACAUAUCUUUCCAUCUAACUGCACGAUAGGCGCGCGAUCGUCCGUUCAUAGCGGCCGAAUCUCCGCCACGUAAGAGGCUGAUAAUAUAAUCGAUACAAUUCUCUCAGACUGAAUUAGUUUAGAAGAAGAAGAGAAGAAUCGCGACGAGCGAAUGUUGACAGCGGGGGUAGUCUCGACCCCGCCAUCCCUCCGUCCCAAUCGGCGAAGGUUUACCAUCGACUCAUUUGGUCUUGCUAGAUCAUCAGGAGUGGAAGUUUUCAAACGCAAUGAUGCACCGCCUAGAAAUGAUUCCGCAAAUCCCGGUCGGAACAGUUACAAUAUACAAUGACUAUUUUUUUCCGUGCUGUAUCCGUGCUGCAUUUCAAAGGAAGACAAUCUUCGGAACUGAAAAAUCGCCCAAUUUCUCACGUCGGGAGAGCACGAUCGGAACGAUCACCGGGGACAAUCGCGCGACCGAGCGUAGCUCGUUGGUGAUACAGUUGCUUUUGGCAUUUCUCUACGUACGAGUGACAACAUAUCCCUACGCCCCCCCCCCCCUCUCUCUCUCUCUCUCCUUCUCCUUCUCUUUCUCUCCAUCUAUCUCUUCCUCUUCCUUCCUUGUCCCUUCCCACGCCCGGUAGUGGUUUUCAAUGUCUGCAAGCGAAGACACCAUGUUCCUAUUAUCGCGCUAGUCUUAAUAUGCGUAAAAGGGAUCGGUAGAUUCCAUCGAUCCGUCGACGGCUUCCGAGUAGGCUAGGAGACACCGAGAGUUUCGACCUCGAUACGGAUACUCUCGAUACGCGAUGAGGCUUGACCGCGUCACCGCUGGCGCCGCUCGCGUUCAUCGUUUAUUCAAGCCGAAGCUCUCGCCGCGAUGCGGGCGGCUGGGUGACAAGACGUUCCGCUUAAAUAUUGAUCCCGCGCGCGUGCUCGAUCGAGCCUCGUAAAACGUGCAUAAUAACGUAUCUACGUUAACGAUUCGCGAAUCUCUCGCACGGGAGUCCCCGCGCUGAGACGCGACGCCUAGACUGAGCUCAGCUCGCGAGGGUAGGCGAGCGCAGGCAUGUUGGAGCCGCAAGACACGUGGCGUCGCGUCCUUGGCGGGCGUCCCCGACACAGUUCGACCGUCCAUUCGCGACAGCGGUGGUCACCUCUCCGGGUUAUCUAAGGCUACGUUAUAAAUACUUAUAUACAUAACUAUAUAUAAAUAUACAUUAAUAUAUAUGCAUAUAUAUAUACAAAUAU